AUGUCGUGUGCCUGCGCCAUCGGUCAAGCAUUGCAACAGCAUGGCGACACUAUCACUAUUACCAACGCCCAGAAGCAGACUAUUGACAAGACCACUUUUGUCGUCUACACUGUUUGUUUUCAGGAACAAGUAGUAAAGCGACGUUACAGUGACUUUGACUCAUUUCGAACGGCCUUGACACGACUGUACCCUGACGUCUUGGUGCCACCGAUACCAGAAAAGCACUCUCUUUCUGAAUAUACCCAACAAGUGCAUGGCAAGGAUGACCAGCCCAUGAUUGAUAAGCGUAAACGUAUGUUGCAGCGGUUCCUGUUACGCUUGGCAAAGCAUCCACGAUUGUGUCAUGAGCAUCUCUUUCAUCGAUUCUUGGAGCAUUCAGUAUCUUGGUCCGAGGUGGAGCUUCCUCCUGCUUCGAUUGACAAAUUACCGAGCAUGCACGAUUUGAAAGAACCCAAUUCUCGAUUUGCUGACAUGGAAACAGCUGCAGAAAAACAUGCCGAUUUAGCAAACACUCGAGUCGAUCGAUCACAACGCAAGGCCUUACGACGAAUGAGAGACUUGUCAUCGGAUUAUGCAGAGCUGGGAGCGGCAUAUCAUAUGCUGAGUCAAAAUGAAGCGGAUGGCCAAAUAGCGGGGGCAAUGGAGAGAAUUAGUAUGGCAGCCGAUACCACUUGUGGAAAAACAAAACACAUGGUGCAUGAACUAGAGGUCUCGUUUGCUGAACACAUGCAAGAAUAUGCACAAUACACUCUCAUUGCCAAGCAAGUACUACGAUACCGCCAUGCAAAGCACGCCCAACUCGAGCUCAUUGGUGUGUCACUCACAAACAAAAAGAGCAUGUUGCACGAUUUGCUGCAGACUGAAACAAAGGCGAUGCAGAUCGAGAAUGCCAUGAACAACAACAACGAUACAUCAUCAUCAUCCCAUUCGCCACCUUUAUCAUCUUCACCCCCUUUAUCAGCCCAUCGUCCAACAUUGUCAGCACAUCAACCACAUGAACAUGAAACGGAUCCUAAUUUUGAUGAUGAUGAUGAUGACCAUGAUGAUGAUACCCGAUCCGUGGAAGAUGGAUUUUCAGCUAUUGAAGUCUCUCCUUCAUCCCCAUCGGAUCCUUCCAUGACCGAAUAUCCUUCCAGCCUUACAGCAUCCGCUAUUCGUGCAUCAAGAGAUCGUUAUAGAAAAUGGUCGUCACCGAGAAAGUUGUUCAAUGCUGUAAGCUAUACUCUCCAAGGCAUGAUUGAUGUCGAUCCUGAAGCUACACGAAGGAAUCAAAUCAACAAACUCAAAGAAAGCGUGGCACAACUGGAAAAAGACCAAGUUCGAGUACGUCAGGAGCUCAAGGACAUCUCUCAAACAAUUGAACAAGAAUUGGAAGUAUUCCAAAGGCAACGAGCCAAUGACUUGCGUACAAUGAUGAUUGCUUUUGCAAAGAUGCAUCUACAGUUUUGUGAAGAGAAUGUUACUACUUGGCAAAAAGCACGAGAGCAAGUGGAUGAGAUUCAAACAGAAAGCUGUUAA